CUCAGGCCAUCAGCUCCUCCCAGCCCAUCAUUAAUCCACAGGAAAUGUCUCAGGCAUCGAUCCUCAUUGCUUAAUUAAUAAAUGCAACUUGUCUCCUGCCUGAGAUUUAGAGAUACUCGCUGCUUCUUUCCCUGCUGCUUUGAAGGUGACUUUUUUAGCACAGGUCCCUCAUGCCAGGAGGUCCUUGUGGGAUUUUGUUUCCUGGCAUUCAUCUGGGUGUGGGCUGUGGCAGCAGGAAAGUCUUUUCUCUCCAGGGCGUGAGGGAAGUAACUGAGCCGCUGCUGGGUUUGGGGUUCUCCAGCUGAUGUGGUGCAGCACAAGGAGCACAUCUUUCCCACCAAACCCUAAGCCCUGACUACCUUCAGCUGAGUGCACCCAAAACCCUGGGUGACAAGGAGUGUGAGCCGGCAUGGAAGAACGUGGCAAUUCUCCAAGGCCUUAGCAGACAGCUCCAAAAGGAUGCUCGGGUGCCGGUGAGGGGAGGUUUUCCUGCUGGAGGAUGGGGAGCACAGGGGUGGGAUACCUGGCAGCACUGGCCGUGCUUUGCGGGGCUCUCGGGGAUGCUCCCAGCAGAGGCAUCAAAUGUGGGGGAGUGCUUUCAGCACCCUCUGGCAAUUUCUCCAGUCCCAACUUCCCGGGGCUAUAUCCCUACGAGACGGAGUGCACGUGGCUCAUCGUGGUGGCCGAGGGCUCCUCCGUCCUGCUUUCCUUCAGCCACUUCGAGCUGGAGUACCACGAUGCCUGUGCCUACGACUACCUCCAGGUCUACAACGGGGCUGCCCGCGACCGGGGCAACCUCCUGGGCACCUUCUGUGGCCACAGCCCCCCGCCACCCUUCUCCUCCGCCUGGCACGUCAUGGCUGUCGUCUUCCGCUCCGACCGACACGUGGCCAAGCACGGCUUCGCCGCUGCCUACCAGAAAGAUGCCUGUGGCGGGCAGCUGACGGGGCUGUCUGGGGAGAUCACCAGCCCCCGCUACCCCGAGAGCUACCCCAACGAUGCCGAGUGCCGCUGGAGCAUCGGGGGGACCAGUGGCGGUGGCCCCCUCACCCUGGUGUUUGCUGACUUCCAGAUGGAGGGGGGCCAGGGCUGCAGCUUUGACUAUGUGGCCCUUUUUGAUGGCCCCACUGUCACUGCCCCCCGCCUGGGACGCUACUGCGGCAGCACCCGCCCACCCCGCACUGUCUCCUCCACCCCACACCUCCUUGUGAUCUUCAAGUCGGACUUCAACAUCGGUGGCAGGGGCUUCAAGGCCCAUUUCUACUCAGGAGAGUGCCAGGAGGUGUUCACUGCUAUCAAAGGGAAUUUCUCUAGCCCACAGUACCCCAGCUUCUACCCCAACAACCUCAAGUGCCAGUGGAGCAUCCAUCUGCCCACAGGCUACCGGGUCAAGGUGUUCUUCCUGGACAUGGAGCUGGAGGGCCGGAGCAGCCUGACGGGUGGCUGUGACUAUGAUCACCUGUCUGCCUUCGAUGGUGGCACCGAGAAUGGAUCCCUGCUGGGCCGGUGGUGCGGGCGGGAGAGCCUGGCACCCGUCACCUCCCACAGCAACCAGCUGCUCCUGGUCCUCCACACUGACCGCAACACAGCCAAGAGGGGCUUCUCCAUCGCCUACGUGGGAGUUGUGCCCAUGAACGUCAGCUGCACCAGGACAGACUUCCACAUCCAGAUCCCCGUGCAGUCUCUGGCCCAGCUGGAGAGGAAUAGGAUUUAUUUGGGGACCCCCUCCUGUGCAGCCCGGGUGGUUGGCAGGAACUUUAAAAUACACACCAGGUUCGACACCUGUGGCACCGAAUCCCAGAGACGCAACAACACAUCCGUCAUCGUCAGCACCCUCUACAUCGAUUUUUCAGUGGGUGACCAGGAGGACAUCCACCAGUACGAGGUGCAGUGUGAGCCAAAGAGGAAGGAAGCCUCGGUGACCCUCAUUGCUGGCCCUGACCCCUCCAGGCUCAGCCAGGCAGAAAACCUGGUGGAUGCCCAGCACUGGGAGGGGGAAGCAGUGGAUGCCCAUGAAAUCAAGAGCCAGGACACCAGUGACAUUGUCUUCAUCAGCAUCUGCAUUCUGGCCGGGCUCCUCAUGGUCAUCGCAGUAGUGGGGCUGGUACUUCUGUAGGAUGCUGCUUUCCAGAUUUCCAGGGCUUGCAAUCCCAGUCCUGCCCAGGGCAAAAGCAUACCCCAGAAUUAGCCCUCAGCACAGGCUGAGAACUAACACAGCUACCUGAACAGAGGCACAGCUCACAGGCCCUGAAACUGAGCCUGAACCCAACCUCCACCUCCUGAAAAAUUCAGGCAAUAGGCAGCCGUUUCCCUUCCCAAUUUGUUUUCCUCUGUCUCAAUCUGUCCAUUUGGCUCAGGAAUGCAAUUCUUGCGCUCCCUAACUCUUCCCGCACCUGCUUCAAUUUGUUUUCCCUCUAGUGCUGCUGCUUUCAGGAAAGUAGCGUUGUUUGCCGAUGGCUGCAAAUCAUCCUGUCAAUUAUUUCUUGCUGAAUUCUUGAAGGUACAAACCAUCCCCAAAUAUAGCUGUAUUCUGAACAAAUGUUCUCCACGCUCCCACCCAUGCUUGGGGGGGGACCAUGGAGCUGUGUUGUAGGUAUCUCCACCUGGCACGUACAGAUGCAGCUCGUGUAGAUGCUCCCAGGUGGCGUUUCUGGACGUCUGUGGGUGAUGUGAUAAGAUGAAUUUGCCAUGCCCUGGAGCUCAUUUGAUCUUCGCAUAUUGUCUCACCUUCUCUCAGGACUCACUAUGAGCACCUCAGCCACCAGCAGCUGGAGGGGAAGAGAACAAUCUUCCUCUCCUCUCCUCUGUGUUUUCCUCCUUUCCAGCAUAUUGAGGUACCCACUGCUGUGAACUCUGUACCAGCCUCGCUCCUGAGGUCUGAAAACAUGAGUGAAUCCUCCUGUGGCUUGGCAGGCUGUGGUGCCAUGGAGCCUGAGAUGCUGGAGUGUGGAGGCUUUUGUAAUCCUGUAAAGAUGGCCUUGGCAGGAGGGGCUAGCUGCCCUGGGACCUCAGUGACACCAGACCUCCCCCCUUAGUCCCUGCAGACGGUGAGCUUAGCAACCCCAGAGCAAGAAGAGUCCUGUGGUCACCUGUCCCUCCAGAAAACUGGGGAUCCUCACCAUGAGCCCUGAUGGAUGGCUGAAUAGCCCCUGCCUGCCUCUUGUGCCAUCCCAACACAAAGGACAUUCCCCUUCAGCAUCACAGUGGGAGUGGCUGUCACAGAACAGCCUGUGUUCAUCCUGGUGUGGGUCAGAGCCAGCAUAUGGCAAAGCCACAUAAAAUCUUUCUGUGGAAGCAGGGUGCACACAGCCCUGGGAGCCUGUGUAGGGGCCACCCCCACUCCAGCCUGUGUAAAACACACUGCAGUGCAGGGAGAGAUCUUAAAAUGUCCCAGCAUGGUUAAUUAGGGACAAAAAAUGGAGCUUGAGGGCAGUGCGUAAUCCAGGAGCCAUUUUUUUGUUGUUGUCUCCAAACGUGAAUGCAUCCUAAGGAGGGGACUGGGUAUCCCUGAAAAACAUUGCACAGCACAGCAAACCCUUCUUGCUGCUGAAUCCAGCACUUAGCAGGGACUGAUAGGAUACUCCCAUCAGUGAAAGGCUACCCUGACCGAUGUCCUGCUUCCCUCUGGAACAGUUCUAUACAUCAGGGCAUCAGGGGAAGCAGCAGCAAAGGAAAAGGAUGAGGCUUGAGCAGCUUCUCCUCCUGGAUUGCACAAGCCUGUGGAUGCCUGAGAGGGUGUCUGGGGCGGGAAGAAGGCACAAAUCUGUGCACGCCUCCUAAGAAGGAGCCUUCCUUAGAAUUGAUUUGGUGUUUGUUGGUGCAACAUGUAACCAAAUGCAAGAUUUCCGAAGGAAAUAUUUGCCAGCCCCAUUAAGCUCCAUAAGACAAUGUUUUGAGAGCCUGUUGUGUAUGUAGAUGGAAAACAAGGCCAGACCCACCC